ACCCGGGGGUUUAAACAAACCCAAAGCCUGAAACCUCGAGUUCCGGAAAAAAAAGCCUGUAUCUUUAAGAGGUAUUGGUUCCUUUGGGAGUUGUAGUUUUGCUGGCCCAGGGAGCCGCCUACUCGCCUCACCUUACUUCUGAUUCUGAAGACACAGCCCUUUCGGAAAGCGAUGCCCUGACCGUAUCUGCUUGCCUACCCUCACCAUAUGCGCUCGCCCUCCGGACCGCCGGAAGCUGGGGUUUUGGAGAGAACAAACCAGGGCGGGCAGAGGAGUGAAAGUACAUUUCCCAGGGUGCGCUGCGAAAGGACGCGCAGCACCACAUUAAAGAGCCCGCCAAGCCUAGCACCCGGCGGACGCAGAAAGCAUUGAGCCUGUAUGAAGACUUCAGCAACGGACCCCUGAAACGAGUGAUACCAAGCCAUUUACUGCAAGUAAGAGAUGGUUACACAGAUUCGGGAACAGAUGUGGAUUGAAAAACAUAAAAAUUACUGGAGAGGCGGUGUCUGCUGAUGAAGAAGCUGCUGCCACAUUUCUGCAGAGUUAAAGAAGUCGAUUAAGGAGAAAGGAUACCAUCCAAAGCAAGUCUUAAUAGGAAGCCUAUCAACUUUGGCCAGAAUGGAGCAGCCCAAGGGGGUGGAUUGGACAGUUGUCAUCCUGACGUGCCAAUACAAGGACAGCGUUGAGGUCUUCCAGAGAGAGCUGGAAGUGCGUCAGAAGCGAGAGCAGAUCCCUGCCGGAACGCUGUUACUGGCCGUGGAGGACCCCGAGACUUGUGUGGGCAGUGGAGGAGCCACCCUCAAUGCCCUGCUGGUGGCCGCCGAACACCUGAGCGCCCGGGCAGGCUUCACAGUGGUCACAUCUGAUGUCCUGCACUCAGCCUGGAUCCUCAUCCUGCACAUGGGCCGAGACUUCCCCUUCGAUGACUGUGGCCGGGCCUUCACCUGCCUCCCUGUGGAGAACCCCCGGGCCCCUGUGGAGGCCACGGUCUGCAACCUGGACUGCUUGCUGGACGUCAUGAGCUAUCGGCUGGGCCCAGGCUGCCCACCAGGUGUGUGGGUCUGCAGCACCGAUAUGCGGCUGUCUGUUCCUCUCGACCCAGGGAUCAGCUGGGACGGCUUCCGGGGAGCGAGAGUGAUCGCCUUGCCAGGGAGCACAGCCUACGCCCGGAACCAUGGCGUCUACCUCACCGACCCCCAGGGUCUCGUUUUGGACAUUUACUACCAGGGCACCGAGGCGGAGAUACGACGGUGUGCCAGGCCUGACGGGCGGGUGCCACUGGUCUCUGGGGUCACCUUCUUCUCUGUGGAGACUGCUGAGCAUCUCCUGGCCACUCACGUGAGCCCACCCCUGGACGCCUGCACCUACAUGGGCUUGGAUUCUGGAGCCCAGCCUGUCCAGCUGUCUCUAUUUUUCGACAUCCUGCUGUGCAUGGCCCGGAAUGUGAGCAGGGAGGACUUCCUGGCGGGGCAGCCCCCGGAGAUCAGGCAAGGCAACACAGACGUCGCAGGUUAUCUGCAGGGUGCCCGGGCCAAGCUGUGGAGGGAGCUUCGUGAUCAGCCCCUCACCAUGGCAUAUAUCCCGGAUGGCAGCUACAGCUACAUGACCAGCUCGGCCAGUGAGUUCCUGCACAGCCUUACGUCCCCUGGGGCUCCUGGGCCUCAGGUCGUGUACUCCCAGGUGGAGGAGCUGCAGCUUCUGGAGGCUGGGAGCUCUGUGAUCAGCUGCCUGCUGGAGGGCCCUGUCCACCUGGGUCCUGGGAGUGUCCUACAGCACUGCCACCUUCAGGGUCCCAUUCACAUCGGCGCUGGCUGCUUCGUGAGUGGCCUGGACACAACCCAGUCCAAGGCACUGCACGGCCUGGAGCUGCGUGACGUUGUCCUGCAGGGACACCACAUGCGGCUGCACGGCAACCCCAGCCGUGUCUUCACCCUCUUUGGCUGUCUGGACAGCUGGGAAAGACAGGGGACAGGAACAUAUCUCAACAUGUCCUGGAGUGAAUUCUUCCAGAAGACAGGCAUUCGAAACUGGGACCUGUGGGACCCAGACACGCCCCCUGCAGAGCGUCACCUUCUCAGUGCCCGCCUCUUUCCUGUGCUUCACCCCUCGAGGGCCCUGGGGCCCCGGGACAUGCUGUGGAUGCUAGACCCCCAUGAGGAUGGGGGCAAGGCCCUGUGGGCCUGGCGGGCCUCUUGGCGACUGUCCUGGGAGCAGUUGCAGCCACGCCUGGAUCGGGCCGCCACGCUGGCCUCCCGCCGGGACUUGUUCUUCCGCCAGGCCCUGCGUAAGGCUCGGCACGUGCUGCAGGACCAGCAGGACCUCAGCCUGCGCCCGCUGAUCAGGGCCGCUGUCAGCGAGGGCUGUGCUGGGCCCCUGCUGGCCACGCUGGACCAAGUUGCUGCUGGCACAGGAGACCCUGGUGUGGCAGCCCGGGCACUGGCCUGUGUGGCAGACGUGCUGGGCUGCUGGGCAGAGGGCCGAGGUGGUUUACGGAGUGGGCCAGCUGCCAACCCUGACUGGAUUCGGCCCUUCUCAUACCUGGAAUGUGGAGACCUGGCGGGGGGUGUGGAGGCACUUGCCCAGGAGCGGGACAAGUGGCUUAGCAGGCCAGCCUUGCUAGUGCGAGCCGCCCGCCACUACGAGGGGGCUGGACAAAUCUUGAUCCGCCAGGCUGUGAUGUCGGCCCAGCACUUUGUCUCCACGGAGCCAGUGGAGCCGCCAGCACCUGGGCAGUGGGUGGUGGCUGAGUGCCCGGCUCGUGUGGAUUUCUCUGGUGGCUGGAGCGACACGCCACCCCUUGCCUACGAGCUUGGUGGGGCAGUGGUGGGCAUGGCUGUACGAGUAGAUGGCCGCCGGCCAAUUGGGGCCAGGGCACGCCGCAUCUUGGAGCCCACUCUGUGGCUGGCGAUGGGGCCAAGGCAGGACGAGAUGGCCAUGAAGAUAGUGUGCCAGAGCCUGGAUGACCUGCAGGAUUACUGCCAGCCCCAUGCUCCAGGAGCCCUGCUCAAGGCUGCCUUCAUUUGUGCGGGGAUCGUGAGUGUCCAUUCCAAGCUCUCGCUGAGGGAGCAGCUGCUGCACACCUUUGGGGGCGGCUUUGAGCUGCACACCUGGUCUGAGCUGCCCCAUGGUUCUGGCCUUGGGACCAGCAGCAUCCUGGCGGGCACUGCCCUGGCUGCCUUGCAGCGGGCUGCAGGCCGGAUGGUGGGCACAGAGGCCCUGAUCCAUGCAGUGCUGCACCUGGAGCAGGUGCUCACCACAGGAGGUGGCUGGCAGGACCAAGUGGGUGGACUAAUGCCUGGCAUCAAGAUUGGGCGCUCCCGGGCUCAGCUGCCACUGAAGGUGGAGGUGGAAGAGAUCACCGUCCCUGAGGGCUUUGUCCAGACACUCAAUGACCACCUGCUUCUGGUGUACACUGGUAAGACCCGCCUGGCUCGGAAUCUGCUGCAGGAUGUGCUAAGGAGCUGGUAUGCCAGGCUGCCUGCUGUCGUGGAGAAUGCCCAUGGCCUGGUGCAGCACACCAAGGAGUGCGCGGAAGCCUUCCGCCAAGGAAGCCUACCUCUGCUGGGCAAGUGCCUGACCUUAUACUGGGAGCAGAAGAAGCUCAUGGCUCCAGGCUGUGAGCCUCUGGCUGUGCGGCAUAUGAUGGAUGUCCUGGCCCCCUACGUGCAUGGCCAGAGCCUGGCAGGGGCAGGCGGCGGGGGCUUUCUUUAUCUUUUGACCAAGGAGCCGCGGCAAAAGGAGGCUCUGGAGGCUGUGCUGGCCAAGACUGAGGGCCUCGGGAAUUACAGCAUCCACCUGGUAGAAGUAGACACUUGGGGCCUGAGCCUGCAGCUGCUGGGGAGUGAGAUCUCAACCUGAUGCUCUUGUCCUUCUGCAAGAGGAGAAAGCCUGGAGCUAUAGCAGCCCCUCCCUUUGGAGUACUCAGCCUUCUCCUCCGCAGCCACCUCUUUGUGAAUCUCCUCCCAAAAGAUGACCUGAGCUCGGACCCAGCCCCUGCUGGAGCUUAGUGAAGCAGAGAUCAUGCUUAGAAACAGGACUGUGACCUCCUGGUUGACAAUGGUCUAGGCUUGGCCUUUGCUUCAUCUGGACACAGGAAGGUCCUAAGCUCAGUGUCCCUGUGGCCUUUACAAUUCCUAUGGCCCACCUUGGGCCUUGACCGUCUCCUUUUACACGAGGGCCCUGGAAGAAGGGUCUAGCAAACAGCUGUAGCAGAGGGCUGGGGUCUCUUGGUAAGGCUGACCCCGAAGAGGCCCUUUGGGGCAUUUCCUGUGGCCUUCCUUAGAGGUCAGAAUUUUGCUCAAUACUCACUCAAAGGUCGACUUGAUGGAGGAGUUGGAGCAGGGGUGGGGGUCCACAUCCACAUCUAUGGCAGUGAGCCAGUAUGGUCCUACAGCAAGUCAUUGCCAACCCAGGCCUUAACCAAUAACACUAUGACUGUGCCAUAUGACUCAGUGCCAGUGAGUAAUGGGUUCUCAGGGCUGUGACCUUGGAAUAAAUUCACUCUGCCCUUCAA